AUGCACUUCUCCAAGAGCCGGGUCCCCCCACAGCCCACCACACCGCUCCUCAUAGUCCCCCCACAGCCCACCACACCGCUCCUCAAAGUCAUCCCACAGCCCACCACACCGCUCUUACAGUCGUCCCACAGCCCACCACACCGCUCCUCACAGUUCCCCCACAGCCCACCACACCGCUCCUCAAAGUCGUCCCACAGCCCACCACACCGCUCCUCACAGUUCCCCCACAGCCCACCACACCGCUCCUCACAGUCGUCCCACAGCCCACCACACCGCUCUUACAGUCGUCCCACAGCCCACCACACCGCUCCUCACAGUUCCCCCACAGCCCACCACACCGCUCCUCACAGUUCCCCCACAGCCCACCACACCGCUCCUCACAGUUCCCCCACAGCCCACCACACCGCUCCUCACAGUUCCCCCACAGCCCACCACACCGCUCCUCACAGUCGUCCCACAGCCCACCACACCGCUUCUCACAGUUCCCCCACAGCCCACCACACCGCUCCUCACAGUCGUCCCACAGCCCACCACACCGCUCCUCGCAGUCCCCCACAGCCCACCACACCGCUCCUCACAGUCCCCCACAGCCCACCACACCGCUCCUCACAGUCCCCACAGCCCACCACACCGCUCCUCACAGUCGUCCCACAGCCCACCACACCGCUCCUCACAGUCGUCCCACAGCCCACCACACCGCUCCUCAUAGUUCCCCCACAGCCCACCACACCGCUCCUCACAGUCGUCCCACAGCCCACCACACCGCUCCUCACAGUCGUCCCACAGCCCACCACACCGCUCCUCACAGUUCCCCCACAGCCCACCACACCGCUCCUCACAGUCGUCCCACAGCCCACCACACCGCUCCUCACAGUCCCCACAGCCCACCACACCGCUCCUCACAGCCCCCCCACAGCCCACCACACCGCUCCUCACAGUCCCCCACAGCCCACCACACCGCUCCUCACAGUCAUCCCACAGCCCACCACACCGCUCCUCACAGUCCCCACAGCCCCCUAUAAAGCUCAUUUCAGCCCCCCAUACUGCUCCAGUGCUCCUAUGAGCCCCCAUACCUCUCCCCCUAGCCCUCAGAGCUCCCGCUGCUCGCAGCCAUUCACUGCCUCAUCACAUGCUCAGUGUGUCUUCAUCUCUGCUCUGCUCCAGGGACGCAUCCGACCAGACCACAGCAGAGCUGGCUUUGAAUUCACCUCCCAGUGUCUGGUGGAAAGCAGACUGGACCAGGUUUUCCUCUAG